UGACUUCUGAAAAAAGAAAAAUAUUGCUCUACUUAAACUCAAACAAAAUCCUUUGCAGUGCCAUAGCACAUGGAUUUCAGGACUGCCUGUGAAGAGACAAAGACAGGGAUUUGUUUGCUGCAGGAUGGUAAUCAGGAGCCUUUCAAAGUUCGGCUGCACCUAGCCAAAGAUAUUUUGAUGAUCCAGGAGCAGGAUGUGAUAUGUGUGUCUGGUGAGCCUUUCUAUUCUGGUGAAAGAACGGUGACCAUUAGAAGACAAACUGUAGGAGGAUUUGGAUUAAGCAUAAAGGGGGGUGCAGAACAUAACAUUCCAGUUGUCAUUUCAAAAAUCUCCAAGGAGCAAAGAGCGGAACUUUCGGGACUACUCUUUAUCGGGGAUGCAAUUUUACAGAUAAAUGGAAUUAAUGUGAGAAAAUGCAGACAUGAAGAAGUGGUUCAAGUUCUUCGGAAUGCUGGAGAAGAAGUGACCCUAACAGUGUCUUUUUUAAAAAGAGCACCUGCUUUCCUCAAACUCCCACUGAAUGAAGAUUGUGCAUGUGCACCAAGUGACCAGAGUAGUGGCACGUCCUCUCCUCUUUGUGACAGUGGCUUACAUCUCAACUACCAUCCCAACAACACAGACACAUUAUCAUGUUCUUCAUGGCCAACAUCUCCAGGCUUGAGAUGGGAAAAGCGAUGGUGUGACCUUAGACUGAUCCCUUUGCUUCAUUGUCGUUUCUCUCAGUAUGUGCCUGGGACAGAUUUGAGUCGGCAGAAUGCCUUUCAAGUCAUUGCUGUGGACGGGGUUUCCAGUGGGAUUAUUCAGUGCCUCUCUGCUGAAGACUGCAUUGACUGGCUACAAGCAAUAGCAACUAAUAUUUCAAACCUCACAAAGCACAAUAUUAAAAAAAUCAACAGAAAUUUCCCUGUAAACCAGCAGAUAGUCUACAUGGGCUGGUGUGAAGCACGGGAACAGGAUCCCCUUCCAGAUUGUGCAUACUCUCCAAUAUUUCUGGCUCUGAGGGGCUCCUGCCUUUACAAGUUUCUGGCACCCCCGGUGACAACGUGGGACUGGACUCGAGCCGAAAAAACAUUUUCAGUUUAUGAGAUUAUGUGCAAGAUUCUCAAGGACAGUGACCUGUUGGAUCGGCGGAAACACUGUUUCACUGUGCAGUCUGAGACUGGAGAGGACCUCUACUUCUCUGUGGAGUUAGAUUGUGACCUUGCCCAGUGGGAAAGAGCCUUCCAAACAGCAACGUUUCUGGAAGUGGAAAGGAUACAGUGCAAGACAUAUGCAUGUGUGCUAGAAAGUCAUCUAAUGGGACUCACAAUUGACUUUAGCACAGGAUUUAUCUGCUUUGACGCUGCAACAAAGGCUGUACUUUGGAGGUAUAAGUUUUCUCAGCUUAAAGGUUCUUCAGAUGAUGGCAAGAGCAAAAUCAAAUUUUUGUUUCAGAAUCCAGAUACUAAACAGAUUGAAGCAAAGGAGCUGGAAUUUUCUAAUCUAUUUGCUGUUCUUCACUGUAUUCAUUCAUUCUUUGCUGCCAAAGUAGCUUGUUUGGACCCUCUCUUUUUAGGCAGUCAGGCUACUGCUUCUGCUGCCGGCAGUUCUGCUGCUACAAGCAAAGUAAAGUACACAACUUGA